AUGGUCGCCGCCAACAACGACACGGCACAGUUCCGUGAUGAUCUCCGCCGUCUGACGCCUGAGCUCCUCAGCUCGGUGCUGGACUACACGUCUGUUUCCAACGUUGACGAUGAUGUGGCGGCGAGGAACAAGAUUGUCGCGGCGGCGCAAGCCAUCAUUGAAGCCGCUCGCCCGCCGCAGCCGCAAUGGAUGAACCAGUCUGCUGCGUGCGCCGAGUUUGUAGCACUGCGCCUGUUCAUUGAUUGGGGUGCUUUCGAAGCGAUCCCCAUCGAGGGCAGCAUCACAUACCAGGAGCUCGCCGACAAGGUCGAUGCCGAGGUUCAGCUCGUUCUUCGCUUUGCAUGGAUCAUGGUGUCUACAGGACUUCUCGAACAGAUCGGCGAGGAUAGAGUCGCUCACACGGAAAGGUCGAGACAGAUUACGCAGCAUGGCCCUCUCAGGAGCAUGUGGUCAUUAAUGUUUGAUAACUCGUUCAUGGGUUCUGCGUCCAUGCCUGAGUACUUCCGCAUUUACGGUCGGAAAGAACCCGUAGGACCAGCACAUGUUCCGUUCACCUUCGCGCAUGGCGCCCCUGACAAGGCAUUUUGGGAGGUCCUCAAUUCGGAUCCCAAGCGCAUGAGAACCUUCAUGGAAGCCAUGACGAACGUUGACAAACAAGUUCCCCUCAUGGGCCCUCAUCUUGGGCUCUACGACUUCGACUGGGUGGCGGAGGCUGCGAAGAAUGUACCCUCGGACCGACCGCUGCUCGUCGACGUCGGCGGAGGCAAAGGUCACGUUAUGAAGACCUUCUGCGAUGGCAACACCCCUUUGACGCUCGACAGAUGCGUCCUGCAGGAUCUACCGCCAAUCAUCGAGCACAAUAAGGCAGAUGUCAACUCGGGACUUGGGGGAGCCACACUGAUGGCGAUCGAUUUUCAUAAAGAGCAACCAGUUCAAGGUGCACUGAUCUAUUACAUUCGACACUGCCUUCAUAACUACGGUGAUGAGGCCGUCAUCGGCAUCAUGAAGCACACGGCGGCGGCUAUGGCUGAUGAUAGCAAACUCCUCAUUGCAGAGUACAUCAUGUCAAAUCCACCAAGCAAGUUCGCUAUCUGGAUGGAUUUCAUCAUGUGCAUGUCGGGCGGAAAGGAGCGCACAAAGGCCAUGUGGCACGAGGUCACAGCCCAGGCCGGUCUCAAGAUAGUUGCUUUCCACGGAGUAGACACCUCUCCCGAUGGACACGCCGUCAUAGAGUGCGUAAAGGCGGGUGACCCCUCACCCCCCGACAGCGCGGCUACGGCGUGA